UUCACUGAAAAUGUAACAUUUUUAAUUGAAGGGAUUACUAUAUCUUUCCAACAACAAAAAACAAGGGAAGAAAUUGAAGAUUUUCCUUAAAUGUCUUUAUUUCCUCUCAUUUUUGCAAAAUAAUAAUUCCUUCAUCCUUAUUUCAGCUUGAAUUCAUUGGACGGGAAGCUACGAAGGGUUUCCUUUGUGCAGCGCAGUCAUGAGCGCCCUCUUUAUCAACUCCACCCUGCUCCUCAUACACCGACCAUCCAACGCAUCUGUGGUGGUACUGACAGUGUUCGAGGGGUGCAAGGAUAAGCCUGAGGUCCUGCUGUUUUAUUUCUGCCUGCAGUUCAUCAACCUGUUCAUGGGCGUCCCGGCCAACGUCAUGGUCCUCUGGCUCAUCCACAAGACCAAGGGGGACUCCUCCACGUCAGACAUCUUCAUCUUGCACCUGGCCGUCCUGGACACUUUCUUUUGCCUUAUCCCGCCUCUGGAGUUCGCCAAUCUCAUGUAUCUGACGGCGGACACCACCUGGUACGUCCUGCGCUUCUUCUACGGAGUGAAGGACUCCUCGCCCCUCUUUCUCUCCUGCAUCUGCAUGGACCGCUACAUGGCCGUGCGCCACCCCAUCACCUUCACCGAGCUCAAGGACCGGAAGCACCGGCCUGUCUGUGCCGCCGUGGUGUGGCUCGUCACACUGGCGUACUCCGCCGCCAAGUGUGUGGGGAACAUCCCAAACUUCGAAAAGGCCUUCACCGUCAUGAUCCUGGCUGCCUUCGUCUUCAUGGUCUUCUGCAAUGUCUCCAUCCUCUGGGCCCUGAGACAAUCAGGGCCCGGACGCGACGAGAUGCACCCGGUCAAGAAGAGGGCCUUCAAGAUGGUGCUCAUCAUCCUGGCCAUCAUUGUCGUCAACUAUUUCCCACCCGUUGCCCUCUUCCCGUUCCAGGAGUACUUUGCAGAUGACGUGUUCCGCUGCUACAUCCACUACAUCGCCUUCGGCUUCAUGGACAUCAGCAGCAGCAUUCAGCCGGUGCUCUACCUCUCCAAGGUGAAGCUGGCUAUUCCCUCAUGCAGAAAUAAAGCCUGCUGCUGCUGUACUGUGACUGGUGAAAUGCAGGUGAGCACAUAAGGAUACGUUCAGGUCCACGUAAUCAAUAUAAUAUAAUGAAAGAACAAGUCAUAGUCUCUUUUCAAUAGAUUUGUGCUAAUUUUGUGGUGGUAAUGUGAUAUGGUUUAGUCACCUCCACUUGGGGGACUGGGUGAGCUCCAUUUACUGCAAUUUACUCCAAACUCAUGCUUGACACUUUUGGUGUUUAUAUAAAUAUUAUGUAUUAUCAUUUAAGUUUUAGAUUUUUUUUGUAUUACACACCCUGUAUACAUAUUAUCUAAAUAUAAAAGAGUCUUGAAAUUGAAAUUGAGCAAAUUACAUAACACUAUUUCUGUAUUAUAUUAAAGAUACUUCUCUCUAUUUCUGUAUUAUAUUAAAGAUACUGACAAGACGGAUUUGUGUGAUAAAGAAACUAAUAUAACAGUUAAAAGAAAAACAGUUCUAAUAGUAUGCUACGUAUGACCAUGGUUUAAUGAACUAUAUCUGUAUGUAUGAGUUGGUACUUUCUGUUUGAUAGACAAAAUGCUGAUCUCCCGACAACAUGGCAUAAAAAGCAUAUUACCUAUUGAAAGUCAAUUGAAACAAUGUUAAACGUUAUGGCCUUUCAUAAAUAAUAAACGUAUGUAUAUUAUAUUUGUUUUUCAUAAGGACACUUAAUUAGGAAAUAAGGGGACUUCCUUAUUGCAGUUUGACACUUCGCUGAAUAUUUUGUGACAAUGUCUCCUUAAUAUGAUAUGUUUUUUUUUUUUACACCUUUCAGUGAUGAAAUAAAAGUACAUUCUAUGUAAUUUACAAGAGCUUGACUAAUGAUACCCUCCUUUUUAAAAUGUAUUCCCUACCUUUCGAUACCUUUCUGAAUAUAGACUUUUAAGUGGUGGUAUAAGGAAAUGUAAAUGUACACUAAACACGGUCUGCAGCAUAGGUAAAGUGACUGCAAAUAACAAUAUCACACAGCUGUAGCCACUCAACAAUGAUAGAUUUCUAACAAGCUGAAAUUGUUCUAAAUCGUAAAAACAGUCUGGUCAUGUGAUGUUUAUUGUACUGUACUGAUGUGCUGUAAUGUCAGAGACCAGAACCUUAUUUAAUUCUUACUUUUUUGAUGUGACGAAGUAGGCAAACAGGAUGUUGCAAUGGCAAAAUGUAUAAUUGCUUUGCAUGUGAAUGGGUAACAGAGAACAGUCUUACACACUACCAUAUAACGGGUGAAACCACUGCCAAGAUUAUUAGAAUUAGUCAAGGGUGCCAAUGCAGUGACACUAAUGAAAUGCCCUGGCCACCACACCACAACGCCAAACAAUCUCGCUGGAACACUGAAUUGGAACACAGCAGCACCUGUGGCAACCUGACCCUCUCCAAGGAGAAGCGGAGUAUUUCCCCCGGGUGAAAAUUAAGGACCCGGCUGCAUCAGUGCAGCCAGUGCUGACCCAGAGGUGAAGGCUCACAGUGAGAGCAUUAGUCAGGCUCAAUAACAGGAGUGUCAUGCAAACGCACAAACAUAACUCAGAUUACGGCAACAGAAUCAUCACCACCGUAUAUUCCAGGUGUAUCACUGCAGCACAGUGUUUGGCACGAAUGUUGGGCACUAUGAUGGUGACUGCAGGGUAUCA